CCCAGGGCGAGUCCCCAUCCCCGCAGGAGCGAUGGCGAGUUGGAGCUAUCAAUGGAUGCGCUUGGGCGGCAGCUGCGCCUCCAAGAUCGCAGCCGCAGCGUGGAUCCAUUGCAGGGUCUGGGGCGGCUGGACAGGGCGAUGCAGCAGCUGGAGAGCCAGGAGAAUCCCUUCGACGAUCUCUUCGCCGAGUACGCGGGCGUGCUCCGCCGCUGCGGCGAUUGCAAGGCCCUGGCGGAGACACGGCGCGUCCACUCCCACCUCCUCUCCCACCCUCGCCUCCGCGACUCGCGAAUCCUCUUCUCCAUGCUCAUCGAGGCCUACGGCAAAUGUGGCAGCCUUCGCGAGGCACGCAGCGUCUUCGAUUCCAUGCCCUGCCACACGGGAUUCUCGUGGAACUUCCUCAUCAAGGCGUGCAUCCACUGCGGCCAGUGCCGCGACGCCAUCGCCGUGUUCCGGAGGAUGAUCCAGCAGGGGCAGCGCCCAAAUCGCGUGGGGUUCUUGGUGGCGAUGGAGGCGUGCUCGUGCUUGGAGGGCCUCGCGGAGGGGAAGGAGAUCCACGCGAUCGUUGUGGCGGCGGGGCUCAAGGGCGAGCCAAAUCUCGCUACUUCGCUGCUCAACAUGUAUGGGAGAUGCCGAAGCAUUGGUGACGCGAAGAGUUUGUUUGAUCGGAUGGAGGAGAGGGACGUGGUCGCCUGGAAUGCCAUGCUUGCGGCAUUUGCCCGCAAUGGGCAUUGUAAGGAAGCAGUGCGAUUCUAUCACAGGAUGUGCUUGGAAGGCACCAGACCAAGCGCCGUCACCUUCGUCUCGGUCCUCGACGCCUGUGCCGCUAUCGCCGCCAUCUCCCAAGGCCGGAUCAUCCACGCACACCUCCUCGAGGCCGAGAUGGAGUCGGACGUGAUCGUCGGCACCGCGCUUCUCAGCAUGUAUGGCAAAUGCGGCAAGCUCGUCGAGGCCCGCGAGUUCUUCGACGGCAUGAAGCAACGCAACGUCGUCACCUGGACCGCCAUGAUCGCGUCCUAUGCCCAGCACGGCCAUAGCGCCAUAGCUCUCGACUUCCACCUCGACAUGGAGCUCGAGGGCAUCCGUCCAAACGGCGUCACCUUCAUGGGCAUUCUCUUCGCUUGCGGCCACACGGGGAAGCUGGAGCUAGCGAGGAACUACUUCCUGCUGAUGCGUGGAGACCACGGGAUCCGGCCUUUGAACGAGCACUUUCGAUGCAUGGUGGAUCUUCUGGGACGAGCAGGGAAGAUAGACGAGGCCGAGGAACUCAUCACCUCCAUGCCGCCAUCGCCAAGCGUCGUGGUGGCCUGGACGAGCUUCCUCGGCGCGUGCCUGGUCCAUAACCGGCAGGAGCAAGGCGAGCGCGCGGCUGCCAGGAUCAUGGAUCUGGAUCCCGAGCUCUCGACGUCCUACGCGGUGGUGUCAAACAUCUACGCCGCGGCCGGGAAGUGGAAGGAGAAGGCCCGGAUCCGGAAGCUCAUGGAGUCGAGGGGCGUGAAGAAGGAGACGGGGCUGAGCUUGAUCGAGGUCCACGGCAGAGUCCACGAGUUUAGAUGCGGGGAUCGAUCGCACUCCAAGUCGGAGGCCAUCUACGCGGAGCUGGAAAGGUUGAAUCGCGAGAUGAAGAGUCUUGGAUACGUCCCGGACACGAAGGUGGUGCUCCACAACGUAGACGAGGCCAGGAAGGAGAAGCUCCUUUGGUACCACAGCGAGAGGCUGGCCAUCGCGUAUGGGAUCAUCUCCACACCCCCAGGGAGCUCACUCUGCGUGAUCAAGAACUUGAGAGUUUGCUCCGACUGCCAUGCCGCCACCAAGCUGAUGUCCAAAGUCUGUGGGCGAGAGAUUGUUGUCCGGGACGUGAAUCGGUUUCACAGGUUUCACGAUGGGAGCUGCUCUUGCGGGGAUUACUGGUGAGGUUGUAAGUUUCUGAAAAAUGUGUAAAAUAUAGACUAUUCAGAAUUAUUUUUUAUUCCAGCACCAUCACCCAACUGACCACUUCAUUGCAAGCACACACUUCAUCGACACUUUCAACUCCGCGGUGGCCUUCGAGGCAGAAUUGUUCGCUUCAGCCAUGGAGCUUCGUGACCGCAUGCAGGAGUUCUAUCGGACGAGAGAAUGUCACCGAGAAGCAUUCGUUGACUUGACUAUAAGAUCUACAAGGUCGUUGAUAACCAGGAGCUCGAGGCAGUGUCUCGGGAAAAGAUGGCGCGAUCACUGCAGCGUGAGGAGUGCUCCUGAUGUCCAGGUGAAAGCUACAAUACAGGGUACACCGGUGACUCCUGCAUGGUGAAACCAGAGAUGGGAUUCAACGGCGAGGCACUUUUGGAGGCCCUCUUUCAUUAUGCGAACGAUGCUGCACAGAGCUCUGGUGUAAGUCAGCACUACUGCACGGGGUGUCCAGAGAGCUCGUUGGCACCAACAAUCGCAUUGGCGGGGCUAUAUAUCACGACAAGGCUAUUUAUCAGCCAUUGACCCUGCUUGUUUGCUCUAGGUAAUUUCAUGAUGCUCGUUUGCUCUAGGUAAUUUCACGCUGUGGAUAGAAGCUUACUUUCAGUGCCCGCAGUUGAUGCGUCUUCUUCGUGCGAUACAACAAGCUCUGGAUGAACUAGUGAAGAUGCACACAAGCGCUUUUGCACCAACUGUCUCGAGAAAGCAGCCUUGACUGGCCGUAUUCUCUUAAAGAAAAGUAUCCAGAUGCUGUUGCGGCCGAUCAGAUGGAGGACUGGCUGGUUUGGGGUUGUAAAGUUUUCUCGGGAGUAUGGGGGGAACUGGCGGGAUAGCACCAGAACUCACGAUUCAGGAACUCCCGGGCGGAUGGAAGAUGGUGGAUAUGCAGGGCCUGAUGGCUGGCAAUUGACUGCAACAGCUUGAACAGUCCGGAGAGUGUCUAUACUCUUUCCUUCGUCCGUAUACUCUAGAAUAAGGCCAGCAACACAUAAAGAGCUUGAGGAGUC